CGAAAACGAGGAAUGAUGAUAGUCCCUUGAAAGUUCAGAGUAGUGGCCAUGAUGUUUGAUGCGAGUCACGAGGCGGCGAGUUGCAAUUACAGUAUCAGCGUUGAGCUCAGGCUGCGGCUUACGCGAUUCAGAAGCGUAUGUGGUACCUGUGAUGGCAGAAUGCCGUCGCCGAGUCUGUACCCUGAGGGCGCAUAUAAAUGAUGUUAUGAAGACCAACUCGCUUCUCGUAUUCUCUUUCUUGCCUCCCCAACAACAAAUUUCAAUUAUCAUGUCUAUCAACGGUGUCCUUGUAAAUGUGCGUGACCCUGAUUUCGUGUUGGGGACGCACAGAGACGGUGUGCACACGAAGGUCGAAGGCCAGGCCUUCAAUCAGACUGACAAUCAGAGGUGGACCUCGAGAUAUACGUAUGUCAAAGAAACAGACACGCGUCUGUGGUCGGUCCAGAACAAGGAUACUGGAGAUUGCUUGUCAUGGAACUCGGACAAGCAAGUCAUCAUGAGCGAGACUGAGCACUGGUGGAAAUUGGUCUUCGUAGGCGACAAUGUCGCAUUCCAAAUCCCCCAUGACUCCAAGGACGAUCAAAGCGUCUAUACUUUGAAACUUGAAGAUAAUGGAUCGGUCACCAUUGAGGACCAGCAGGAGCCACUCAUCAAAAGGCAGUUGUGGAUGAUCCAGGAUAAAUGAGCAUGUACCUGAAGGAUUUCCUCUAGCUGGUUUGCCAGUAUGUUUCUAUGUGCUUGUUGCAAUUGUCACGGAGAUUAGGCUGCAGCCCGCUGUUUUUUAUGUUGUUCAUACAAGUAUACAUUGCUGUCCGCCGCAGCACAUAGCACGCAUAUGGUUGGGCAUGGUCCGCAAAUGUAGCCUCUGUGAAUGUGAGGCGUUACACAAAUUAGAAUUACCCGCAUCAGUCAACAGACAUUCAAGGCAAGUGAUGGAACAUGGAAGUGCUAGGCGUAGCAAUCGUUCUGUAAAAAACCCGAUUAAUGAAACUCCUUCAGUAGUGCCAGACUCGAGCUGCGUAAGAAAUAUAGACAUGGGCAGCACAAAAUGAAACCUUGAUCAGAAUGGAAAGCUCGAUGGCCAUUUAC